AAUUUCAACAAAUCCAAACGACAAUUCCCCCACCAUUUUUUCCUCUCUCAACAAAAUCUCAUCACUCUUAAAACGGAGCUUCCUAAAUGGCGCCGAGGGAGAAAACGGCGGACGUCAAGGGAAACGGGAAUGGGUGUACUAAAGAGGUUCAUUUUAGAGGAGUAAGGAAGCGUCCAUGGGGUCGUUACGCCGCUGAGAUCAGAGAUCCAGGGAAGAAAAGCCGUGUUUGGCUUGGAACUUUUGAUACAGCUGAGGAAGCGGCCAAGGCCUACGAUGCCGCCGCCAGAGAAUUCCGCGGCGCCAAGGCGAAGACUAAUUUCCCCCUCCCUGGUGAAAUCCUCAACAAUGGUAGUAACUGUAACAACAAUGGCGAUACCAACUGCAGCAACAACAAUAACAAUCACAGCCCUAGCCGGAGUAGCACCGUGGAGUCAUCAAGCCACGAGCCGCCGACAGUCGUCAAGUGUUCACCGUUGGAUCUCAAUCUCGGACACGGUGCAGUCAUCGGGUACGGAUCUCCAGCCGUCAGGCUUCCUUUCCCUCAAAUUUCGUCGGUCACCGGUUUUUUCGCCAACGGCGUCCCGGCAGUUGCAGCCCCCCAAGUUUUUUACUUCGACGCGUUGGUCCGACCCGGUGUUAUGAAAGGACAGCAGUAUCAACAACGGUUGAGAUUCGAUCACCGUGAUUAUCACGAAACUUUCAACGCUGGUGUACAAAGCGACUCAGAUUCGUCCUCCGUCGUUGAUUUAAACCACCACGAGAUCAAACGGCGACCGCUUCUCAAUAUCGAUCUCAACCAACCUGCUCCGGAAGUCGCGUGAUUAUUAUUUUUUAAAAUUGCCGAUAUCAAGAACCGGAAAAAAAAAACCCACAAAUUUUCAAUUUUCCCUCUUUAAAAUCGUUAAUCUUCUUUUUAGUCCCAAAUUUGAAAAUUAGACAAGAAAAUUAUACCCAAAAAAAAAAUUACGCGAGAGCGGCGUAAAUUGUGAAUACGUAGAUGAAAAACCACCCUUUUUUGCAGCAGAGAAACGUUAGUUUGUAGCCUGUUGUUUCAUAUUAAUUUCUGUAAUUCUUUUUAUUUUCAAUGAAUUAAUUAGUAAUUACGAAGAGCAAUUUUCUUAA